AUGGCCGAGUCCUACUCCAAGCAAAUCGAAUCUCUCACCGACGGAUACAAGUCAGAUCCGUCUGUCAAGAAAGAGAAGUCCUUGUCACCGGGCGGGUACAAAAACAACAGUUCCAACAACAAACUGGCAUGCCGGUUCUGUGGCAGGACGUUCUCACAAGCUGGCUACAUCAAGAUCCACGAGCGUAUCCACACAGGUGAGAAACCGUUCGCCUGCUCCGUGUGCGGUAAGAGGUUUAAUGACCCCAGCACCUGGAAAAAACACGAGCGUAUCCACGCUGACAACAGGAAACAGAGCCAUCUCAUGGAGUCACCUAACUCAAAGGUUGGUCUCUUUAUGGCGAGUAUUAGUUCAAUACUUUCAAUAUUUGUUUGUCCAAGUGGUUACGGCCCUCUUCAAUAA